AUGGCUACCCCUAGUGUCCUAGCUUUUGACGCUGAGGGUCGCGCUAUUGACUUUGAGGUCUGGGUCGACGACCUGCAGCUGUUCUUACAGUGCGAUAGGGCAGACGGUCUUUCUCUCUUUGACCUCACCUCUGGCGCCGUCCCUGCCCCUGCUGCUGAUGCUGACGCCACUGUUCGCUCACAGUGGGCCACGCGCGAUGCUGCUGCACGUCUUGCUGUGCGUCGCCACCUGCCUACCACUGAGCGCGCGCACUUUAGCCAGUACAAGAGUGCCCAGACCUUGUACGACGCUGUAGUUGCGCGCUACUCCUCCCCUGCCACUGCUGCACUGAGCUGCCUCAUGCUCCCCUUCCUCUUCCCUGACCUUGCCGCCUUUCCCACUGUCGCUGAUCUCAUUAUGCACCUCCGCACUAGUGACACUCGCUACCGCGCUGCGCUUCCUGCUGACUUCUGCGCCAAGAACCCCCCCCCCCCAUUCGACAGCCUCGAGAAGGCCCUCCUAGCGGCGGAGAAGAGCAUAGUCGCUGUAGGAGCCUCUCGAGGUGACCCCCGCGCCCCCAUCUUUGAGGGGUGUUCUCCUUCCCCUCUCCUGCCCUCUGUUGCCUCUGCCGCUGCGGCCGACCUCGUGGGUCUUGAUUCGGUCGGUGCGGCGUCUGCCCCUAGCGGGAGACGCCGCUCUGGCAAGGGCAAGGGGGGCAAGGGAGCGGGUGGGGCUAGCGGGGGCGGUGGCGGUGGAGGUGGAGGCGGCGGAGGGAGUGGGGGUGGUGGUGGAGGGGGUGGCGGGGGUGGGGGUGCUAGUGGCGGCAGUGGAGGCGGGGGUAGCAGCGGCGGUGGUGGUGGGAGCGGAGAUGGCGGAGGCGGCGGCGGUGGAGGCGGAGGCGGGGGCGGUGGAGGCGGAGGCGGGGGUGGCGGUGGUGGGGGUGGUCGGAGUGGCACUUCGCAGCGGAGCAGCACUGGGGGUGGUCAGCGCCAGCAGCAGCAGCAGCAGCAGCGUUCUCGCGACAUCCCCACCCCUCAGCAGCUCCGUGAGUGGUACACACAGCGUCAGCGUGGUGGGGGUUUUGGUCCCUGCACCUACGUUCUUCGCACUGGCGACCGCGCUGGAGAGCAGUGUGGGGGUACCCACACCGCCCAACGCUGCUUUGGCCGCUUGACGGACGCUUGGCGCCAGCAGUUCCCGGAGGCCGCGGAGAUCCCCCACUGGGGAGAGCUGUCUACGGCUGGUGUAGCUAUCUUUGAUCUUGACUUUGAUGCUAUCCUUGCUGCCAUGUAUGCUGUGACCAUUAGUGAUGAGGGUGACUGUUACCGGUGUUUCCCGCCCGACCCGGGCAUUGGUACUGCUGCUCUAGGUGCCAGUGCGUCUGUGCUCUCAGGUACUGGUGAGGCUGCUCUCUCAGGUACUAGUGAGUCUGCGCUCUCAGGUACUGCUUCGGCUUCGGCCUCCCACACCUUCACCCUUGACUCAGGAGCGUCUCGCUCCUUCUUUCGGGACCGCACCACCCUCACGCCGCUUAGUCGGCCGGUUGCGGUGUCCCUGGCUGACCCCUCUGGGGGUCCUGUUCUGUCUCGCUUCUCCACAGUCCUCCCGUGUCCGGCGGCUCCCUCUGGCACCCUCUCUGGUCUCUACCUCCCCUCGUUCUCUACGAACUUGGUGAGUGGUGCUGACCUACAGGAUGCGGGAGUCCACCAGUUCACCCCUGCUCGUCAGCGAGUGACGCACUGCACAGAGGCUAGCACAGGUCGUCACCUGGCUACGUUUACACGUCAGCCAGGGUCGAGCCUGUACACACUGACCACUGCUUCUCCUCAAAUUCCUGAGUCUGGUAGGGUCCCCUCGUCAGGUCAGGUGUUUGCUGCAGCGUCCAGGUCUGGUCCUGAGUCUGCCCCCUGUUCGUGUCGUCGCCUGUCUCACGAGACUCUCCUCUGGCACCACCGCCUGGGUCACCCCUCUCUGCUUCGGCUCAGAGGCAUGGCCUCCCGUCUUCUUGUGUCUGGUCUUCCCCGGUCCCUCCCUCCCCUUCCUCAGGGCCCUGGCCCUGCCUGUGUCCCCUGUAUCGAGGGGCGCCAGCGUGCUGCCCCUCACUCCUCCCAGUUUCCUCCGACAGAGGCUCCGUUGCAGACGCUUCACAUGGACGUGUGGGGCCCUGCCCGCGUCCGUGGACUCGGUCAUGAGCGCUACUUCCUGUUGGUGGUUGACGACUACUCGCGUUACACCACAGUCUUCCCCUUGCGCAGCAAGGGUGAUAUCACUGAGACCUUCACGCUUCCGGACUCACCGCAACAAAAUGGGAUUGCAGAGCGCCGCAUUGGCAUGGUCAUGGACGUCGCUCGUACGUCCAUGAUGCAUGCGGCUGCCCCCCAUUUUCUGUGGCCGUUUGCGGUCAGGUACGCGGCGCAUCAGAUCAACCUCCACCCCAGGGUCUCCAGGCCGGAGACCUCCCCAGCCCUGCUGUGGACGGGGAAGGUUGGCGAUGCGUCGGCGUUCAGGGUCUGGGGAUCUCGGGCGUUUGUCCGCGACUUGUCUGCGGACAAGCUGUCCCCUCGCGCUGCUCCCUGCGUCUUCCUGGGGUUCCCCCCCGACGCCCCUGGGUGGCAGUUCUACCACCCCACCUCUCGCCGUGUUCUGUCCUCCCAGGAUGUCACGUUCGACGAGUCGGUACCCUACUACCGCCUCUUCCCCUACCGCACUCCAUCCCUCCCCCCACCCCCGCUCUUCUUGGUACCAGGUCCCCCCCCGGUCGACCCCCUUCCCCCUCAGGGUCCUGCCCCUUCAGGUGUGUCCCAGGUAGACGCGGUCGAGCCUGUCGAGGUCGCUGGUGACUCUGGUGCUGCUGUGGGUGCUGAGCCUAGGGGUGUUGUGACUGGGGGUGCUGUCCCUGAGGGUGCUGAGUCUGGGGGUGCUGAGCCUGGGGGUGCUGAGCCUGGGGGUGCUGAGCCUGGGGGUGGUGAGCCUGGGGGUGCUGAGCCUGGGGGUACUGAGACUGGAGGUGCUUCGCCUGGAGGUUCUCCGGGUGCUUCGUCUCGCCGAGAGCUACUCUCCCCGCAGGAGCUGCGUGAGUGGUUUGCGCGGCGCUGGAGGCGUGCUGCUGGUGCUGGAGGUUCUUCGGCUGCUAAGGGUGCUACUGCCGCGCGUCCCGGGGGUGCUCGUACUGGGAGUACUGCAGCUGCUGGGCCUGCGUGUUCUACUGGAGCUGGUGCUGCUGAGCGUGUUGGCGCUGAGACUACUGCUGGCGGUCCAGCUUGCAGUGCUCCUAGUGCUGCUGGAGGUUCUGGAGCUACUGGAGGUGCUACUGGAGGUGCCGCUGGAGGUGGUACUGGCGGUUCUGGAGCUACUGGAGGUACUGCUGGAGGUGCUACUGGAGCGGGUACUCCUGCUGGGGGUACUGGUGCUGUCCCUGCUGUUUCUGGCGUCACCUCGCGGCCCAGACCGUACUUCGUUCCCCUCCUGCAGCAGGUUCUUGGUCUUACACCUUCUCCUGGUCCUUCUCCUCCUCCCUUAGAGGAUCCACAGCCUGUCCAGUCACAGCCACAGCUACAGCCUGCCUCCCCUUUGCCUGCUCCUUCUCCCUACGCUGGUCCGACUGGAGGUCUUACUGAGCGUCGUGAGCCUGCGUCUCGUCCUGCGUCGCCUGUUCGUACUGCGCGCACUAGUGGUCGCGGUUCGCGUCAGCGUCCUCCUCCUGUCCCUGGCACGCACCGGAUGUCUCUGCGUCCGUCUAAUGCUCCUCUACGUGCCCCUUUGCCUUCUCCUCCUGCUUCCUCUCUUCCUGCUCUUGCCGACCCGGAGUCGGACUCUCUUCGUGCUGCCAGUCCUACUGUCACACGUCUCCUUGCUACUGCCGUUACUGACCCUUCUUUCGAGUCUUCUGCUGCGUCUGCCCUUGUCACUGAGCUCGUCGACAUUGCUGCGCGUUGUCGUCUAGACUACGCUGCUAGUCUUGUCGCUGAGUCUGAGUCUGCCUGUCCUCCGUCCGUCGGGGGUGAGUGUGCCCUUGGCACGGACGUCUUUGAGGACAGGCAGGAGGAGUUCUACUGUCUGGCCGCCGCUUCACCUCAUCUCGCGUCUGUACUGCUCGCCCCUGAGGGAGACCCGGAUGCACUAGACAUCCCGACUCCGCGCUCUUACGCGGAGGCGAUAGAGGGUCCCUACUCCUCUCAGUGGCAGGCAGCUAUGGAUGCAGAGAUGGCUUCCUGGAGGUCCACAGGCACCUACGUUGACACUGUUCCCCCUCCUGGGGCGAACAUAGUCAGUGGCAUGUGGAUCUUCAGGGUGAAGCGGCCGCCGGGUUCUCCGCCUGUCUUCAAGGCGCGUUACGUGGCUCGUGGCUUCAGUCAGCGGCAGGGAGUUGACUACUUUCAGACCUUCUCUCCCACCCCGAAGAUGACCACUCUUCGGGUACUGCUGCACGUUGCUGCUCACCGUGACUACGAGCGGCACUCUCUCGACUUCAGCACUGCUUUCUUGUAG